AAGUUUUUGACGGCGUCUCCGGCUCUACACAGCAAUGGCGUCUGGAUCAGACUCAGAAGUAGAAAAGGAAGCAAUACACCACAAAGCACUAGCGGAAUCGAGUUUCAAUUCCGGGGACUUGAUCUCGGCUCUGAAUCACGCGCGGAAAGCUCUCAGCUUCUCUCCGAACACGGAAGGUUUAUCCGCCAUGGUUACCGCUUUCGAGAUCAUCAGCUCCGCCGCAACAGUCGCCGGAGGUUUGCCGGAAUGGUACAAGGUUCUAAAGGUAGAGCCUUUUUCUCAUAUCAAUACCAUUAAACAACAAUAUAGGAAGCUAGCUUUGGUGUUGCAUCCUGAUAAGAACCCAUACGUGGGAUGCGAGGAGGGGUUCAAGCUUUUGAAUGAGGCUUUUAAGGUUUUCUCUGAUAAGGUUAGGAGGACUGAGUAUGAUAUGAAGUUGAGGAUUAGAAUUCAGGGAGAAAUUGUAAGUGGUGGUUGUGGUGAUGAUGAAACGUCGACGUUUUCGACGGUUUGCUCGGGUUGUAGGUCGGUGCAUAAGUUUGAUAGAAAGUAUUUAGGACAAAAUUUGAUGUGCUCUAGUUGCAAAAAGAGUUUUGAGGCAAAGGAAGUUGAGAAAGAAGAAGAGGGUAGAGACGGAAGUGAAAAUGGAGCUUGUACUUCCAAGAUCAUAACAUAUAGUAGGAGGAAGAGGCCUGUUGGUAGUGAUGGUGAAAGUCUGAGAAGAGAAGUUGAGACAGGGGAGAUGAGUGAGGAAGGAGCAGAAGCUGUUAAUGUAUCUGAGAGGUUGGAUGAAGAAGAUGAAGGGAUGAUGACUUUGGCAGAAAUGCAAUCGGUGAUAAAGAGAAACAAAUCGAAGGUGAAGCCGAAGAUCACUGAGAAAGAUAGCAUAGGAGAAGAAAACAUGGGAAGGGAAACGCAGAAGAGAUCUUUAGCUGAUGUCUCCAUGACUGAAACGUUAAGGGAGAUGAGUACUAACAAGGUGAAUAAUAAACGAGAAGCUUUAAAGAAUAGUAAGAAUAUAAAGAAGAAGAAGAUGACGAACCACAAGAAUUUAACUGAGAUUGUGGAUUUAGAAUACGUGCCACGGGUUGAUAGGAAGAGGGAUCGUGGUAAGUUGAGCCAAGAAAUCUAUAUGGAAGACGAGGAUUUUGAACUGUAUGAUUUUGAUAAGGACAGGAUGCCGAGGAGCUUCAAGAAAGGGCAGAUUUGGGCGAUAUAUGAUGGUGGUGAUGACAAAAUGCCUCGGAGUUACUGUUUGGUUAGUGAAGUAGUCUCUUUGAACCCUUUUAAGGUAUGGAUCAGCUGGUUGGAUUUUGAGAGCGAGAAACUAAUCUCUUGGAUGAAGAUUAGUUCUUCUCAUAUGCCUUGUGGUAGAUUCCGGGUUGCAGAGAAAGCUUUGAUCGAACAAGUGAAACCAUUCUCUCACCUUGUCAACUGCGAAAGGGCUGCACGAGAAGUAUACCAAAUAUAUCCCAGGAAAGGCUCGGUUUGGGCAGUCUACUCAGAGACAAAUUCAGGUCUUCAGAGAAGAAAGACCAGACGCUAUGAGAUUGUCGUGUGCUUGACGAUGUAUACUGACGCAUAUGGCUUGAGUGUAGCAUAUUUGGAGAAGGUAAACGACUGUAGCAACUUGUUCAAGAGACGGGAUUAUGGGUAUAAUGCAGUCAGGUGGGUAGAGAAAGACGAUGUUGCAGCCUUGCUCUCUCAUCAGAUUCCGGCCAAGAAGCUGCCUGAAAAUGAAUCUGGAGCUGAUCUGAAAGAGUCUUGGGUGCUUGAUCUAGCUUCUGUUCCUCCUGACUUGGUUUCUGCCACUUAGUUAACAUAGAAAAUUCUUGCUUUCGUUUAUGUUUUUGUUUGUCAUCAUCAUGACAAAGAGAAACAAACACUUCAUGUCAAU